UUUCAGAACACAUCUGAAUUCCUUCUCUGUGGCAUAUGCUUGAGUAGAGCAACAGACAGCUCCUAGUUAGGGUCAGAUUUCAAGUUCUCAUUUGUUGGUACCAAUACUAGAUUUCUCUCUGUAGUCAACUUUUGAGAUCAUUUCUGAGUACAACUUGGUGUCUGGAGAUCCACAAAGCCUGUGGUCAUCAUCCUCUUCACAGAAUCAGUCUCCUCUCAGCCAAGCAUUUGCUGAGCUGAGCUUUGCUUUUGGAAACAACUUUUCCCUGAGAUCUGGUUGAAAGCCGCUUGCUGGUGCCAUACUUCUCAGCAUGGAGGUGAAGAACUUUUCGGCUUGGGAUUAUGUCGUAUUUGCAGCCCUCUUUGUCAUUUCCUCUGGAAUUGGGGUGUUUUUUGCUAUUAAGGAGAGAAAAAAGGCGACUUCAAGGGAGUUCCUGGUCGGAGGAAGGCAAAUGAGCUUUGGCCCCGUGGCGUUGUCUCUGACAGCCAGCUUCAUGUCAGCUGUCACUGUCUUGGGGGCCCCUUCCGAGGUCUACCGCUUUGGGGCUUCCUUCGUGCUCUUCUUCAUUGCAUAUACUUUUGUCAUCGUCUUCACAUCAGAGCUCUUUCUGCCUGUAUUCUACAGAUCUGGCAUCACGAGCACUUAUGAGUAUUUACAACUACGAUUCAACAAACCAGUUCGCUAUGCAGCAACCGUCAUCUACAUUGUGCAGACGAUUCUCUACACAGGGGUGGUGGUGUACGCUCCUGCUUUGGCGCUCAAUCAAGUGACUGGGUUUGAUCUCUGGGGCUCUGUGUUUGCAACAGGAAUUGUUUGCACAUUCUACUGCACUCUGGGUGGAUUAAAAGCAGUGGUGUGGACAGAUGCAUUUCAGAUGGUUGUCAUGAUUGUGGGCUUCUUAACAGUUCUCAUUCAAGGAUCAGCCCAAGCUGGUGGAUUUCACAAUGUAUUAGAGCAGUCAACAAAUGGAUCUCGACUGACUAUAUUUGACUUUGAUGUAGAUCCUCUCAGGAGGCACACAUUUUGGACAAUCUCAGUGGGAGGAACUUUUACGUGGCUCGGGAUCUAUGGAGUUAAUCAGUCAACCAUCCAGCGAUGUAUUUCUUGCAAAACAGAAAAGCAUGCCAAACUAGCUUUGUACUUUAACUUGUUGGGUCUCUGGAUCAUUUUGGUGUGUGCUGUCUUCUCUGGCUUAAUCAUGUACGCCUACUUCAAAAACUGUGACCCUUGGACUUCUGGCAUCAUCUCAGCACCAGAUCAGCUGAUGCCAUACUUUGUCAUGGAGAUAUUUGCCACAAUGCCUGGACUGCCUGGCCUCUUUGUGGCUUGUGCCUUCAGUGGAACGCUGAGCACCGUGGCUGCCAGCAUCAAUGCCUUAGCAACAGUGACCUUUGAGGAUUUUGUCAAGAGCUGUUUUCCCCAUCUCUCCGACAAGAAGAGCACCUGGAUCAGUAAAGGCUUAUGUGUCUUAUUUGGCAUGAUGUGUACCUCCAUGGCUGUGGCUGCAUCCCUCAUGGGGAGCGUCGUGCAGGCUGCCCUCAGCAUCCAUGGCAUGUGUGGGGGACCUAUGCUGGGCUUGUUCACUUUGGGAAUUGUGUUUCCUUUUGUGAACUGGAAGGGUGCACUAGGAGGCCUUCUGACUGGCAUCAUCUUGGCAUUUUGGGUGGCCAUUGGGGGUUUCAUUUAUCCUGCACCAGACUCCAAGACAUGGCCCCUGCCUUUACUGACAGACCAGUGUGUCCCAUCCAAUGUGACGGAGUCGGUGUCGCCAGUGUUAUCCAGCAGACCUGCAAUCGCUGACACCUGGUAUUCGCUGUCCUACCUUUACUACAGCGCAGUGGGCUGUGUAGGAUGCAUUGCUGCUGGAGUACUCGUCAGCAUCAUAACAGGUCACCAAAGGGGCAAAGAUAUUCAACCAGUGCUAAUUAGACCGGUUUGCAAUUUAUUUUGCUUUUGGUCUAAGAAAUACAAAACACUGUGCUGGUGUGGCGUUCAACAUGACCGUGACACAGAGCAGGAAAAUCUUGAAAAUAGCAGUGCCUGGAAACAGGGGGCUGAAUCUGUCUUACAGAAUGGUCUCAGGAGAGAAAGCCUGGUCCAUGUUCCAGGCUAUGAUCCCAAGGACAAGAGCUACAACAAUCUGGCAUUUGAGAAGAUUACCCAUUUCUAAGGCAACACGAGAAUGUGUGCGCGCAUGUGUGUGCACGC